AUGGGAUACAUUGUAUCUACUCUGCGUCGACCUCGUGCUCUCCCGGAGUUCCCAGUAGUCAUUGCCUGGGUUUCCCCCGAAGACAUUGUCUCGCUUGUGGAUGCCACCGAGACCCUUGAAAUCAAGGGACUGGAAGCCUGUUCAGUCACUAUAGAACAGAUGACCAAUGUAACAACUACGCCGUCCGUGGAUGAGUCUGGAGGAAAAGAAACAGAGCGCACCGCCGAACAGUAUUCACAUGGCUAUUUCUAUUGUAUCCAGACAAAGAGACUCGACCGGCGUGUGAAUUACACCUGUUGUAUCCACCUCAUCGUCCUGGCACCUGGGCUUCAGGUCCCACGGCGCAUGAUCGGAAUCGUGGGUCCUAGCGCUAUAAGCCCUUACGUUCAAGUCAUUCUCGUGCCGGAAACGCCUUUGUUUCCUGCAGAACUCCUCCAGAAGGUCGCUAUCAGUGAUAAUAGUCAACUGUCAGCGAUUGAGUCGCUAAGGUAUAUUCUGACUGGGGCUGAUGAGUUCGCAGAUUGGGAGAGUGACUGGGGCGAUCUCAUCAUUUGGUGGCUUCUUCUGUUGAAGCCCUAUUGGUUCCUGAUUGCGUUUUCUCUUGUGUUUUUUCCCCUGUUAGUUCUUGUCAUCGUUCUUGUCUUUGUUCGUUAA